AUGACAGAAACGGUGAAUGCCAUUUUUUAUGAUAUAAACACUAAUGAAGCGUCUCUUGUGUGCGUGUGUGUGUGCGUAGGCGACCCGAUUGACUUUUUGUCGUGGUUUUUGAACUCUUUACACAGAGCGUUGAAUGGAAAGAAGAGCCGUCACUCCAGUAUCGUGUACAAGACGUUCAUGGGCAAAAUGCGCGUGAAGACUCGCAAGAUUCCGCCUGUGGAGCUGGACGAAAAACAGAGGUACAGUCUGCUAUGCACGGACGAAUACGCCGAGCACGUGUCCGAAUCACCAUUUCUCUAUUUGACUUGCGAUCUGCCGCCUCCCCCGUUGUUCAAAGACGAAGUCAUGGAGAACAUUAUACCUCAAGUGAGUUUGUAUUCUCUGCUGACCAAGUUCAACAAUGAAUCGGAAAAAGAAUACAAAACUUACAAGGAAAACUUCAUGAAACGUUUUGAGAUUACUCAACUCCCGCCGUACUUGAUCCUAUACAUAAAGGUUCGGAUGACUGUGUUACAUCGUUUUACGAAGAACACGUUUUUUGUCGAGAAGAACCCCACUAUCGUCAACUUCCCAGUAAAGAAUGUGGACUUUGGAGACAUACUGACACCCGAGGUAAAAGCUGCACAUAAAAAUACUUCCUACGACUUGAUCGCCAAUAUUGUGCACGACGGGGAACCAAACAAGGGCACUUAUCGUGUACACGUGUUAAAACAAGGGAACAGCAAGUGGUACGAGAUGCAAGAUUUGCACGUCAGCGACAUACUCCCACAGAUGAUCACUCUGACUGAAGCUUACAUCCAGAUUUACAAGCUCAGAACUGAAAGAUAG